GAAGAGUAUCCAUCAUACUAAACCGACAUGGCAAGACUGUCAUUCUCAUGCAUUGUAUUUUAUUUCAUUUUUAUAAUUAUUGUACUUCUAAAAGAAGGAACUGUCUGUACUGUCGUAUUUCAGCCUAAGUUUAUUCUGGCAUCUGGUCCGAAAAUAUCAGCGUUUCUGGUUGGAAACAUCUCUGGUGUUUCUUUAACUCUCAGUGCCGUUUCACCUUUAAGUGCAACAGGUAGCCUGCCACCACCAUCCUGUAUUCCAGUUUCUCAAACACAGUGGAAUCUCUCAACUGAGUUCAUUGGGAAGAGUGCUCUUCUGGUGCGAGUGAAUCUGAACCGCAGUUUGGAGCUGUGUGGUAACGAAACAUCUCAAGACUGCUGCCCGGAGUCUCUGUGUGUGCAGGAGACGCUCCGUGUGUCUGUGUGUGCAGAUGACACCCUCAAAACAUCCCUCAUCAUACAGACACAGAUUUAUGCCCUGAUCGUCCCCAGCAAACCCCUGUCCGAAAAUCGGACGGUCAUUCCUAACCAAGUGUUCCAGCCUCUUGGUCGGUGCCCAUGUGAUGUUUCUCCAGACGUGUGUGACAUACGCUGUUGCUGUGACCCGAACUGCACCCAAGAGAUGCUGGGACUGUUUUUGAAUCAGUGCCUUCCUGGACCCUUUGGAGGAAGUUUAAGUCCUGUUCCCGACUAUCAGUGCUCAGCUCAGUCCUCUGAAAAUGACCCCGACUGGUUCCCCUUCCUCUGUGUCGUCUCGCCCUCUGACAACAACCCUUUUCUGGGACUUUUUUACAAUGGAGGAACAGUCUCUCCAAAGCCUCGCCCGUCAUUCCAAACUCAUCAGGUGACAGCUCCUGUACCUCCUGUUAACUACCGCCAGGGGGAUCCAAUCUUCACCGAAGCUGAUGGGUACUUUACUAUCCCACAGAACUCGGGACUGGGUCAGUGUGUGGAAAAUGCUCCAGUGGCAUUUUUAGAGAACUUUGAGUGUCAAUGUGUGAGGAGGCUGCAAUUCUGUCCAUCACAGUCAGACAACCUGAGGGUCAAGGUUAAAGAUGGACGGGGAGGUGUUGUAACAGUAAACGUUGCGGAUGAGGUGGCCAGUGACCUUAGCUUAUUUCUGUCUGAUUCUUCUGAGCCAAUAUCUGGCUCGCAGCAGUCGUGUAGUCUUGUUCUUUCCUUGCGUUACACUUUUUACUGGAGAGAGAAUGGCCUUACUGGGAUCACUGUGUUACGGACCACCGCAAACAUCUCUACUGGUCCCGCUGUAUCUUUCACAAGCAGACACUCGGCUGUGUUCGUGAAUGGAAAUGAAACAUCUCAGCCAUACUCUGGCAAUCCAGGUUAUCAGGUUAAGAGAUCUGUGAUCGGUGGCAUUCUGGACUCUGAUACAGGUGUUAUACAGAGAGCGCAGAUCAAUCUCUGGCAGCCAGGUGGAGAAGGCCUGUGCUCUUCUGCUGACCUGAGACCAGUUCUGUUUGGAAUCAACUCCACAUCAGGCUGUCUGAUUCCUGCGAGUUUGCCGAACUUGACGCAGUGCAGUCAGCUCAGAGAAACAGUUCGGGCUGUGUUGGGUGGAUUAGUGACUUCUACUCUGGUCUCCAGAACGGGAAAGCCAGACUUUAAUAACAUAACAGACUGGCUAAACAUUACUAUUUCCCAGCAGAACUCCAGUCAGCCAGCAGAGGGCAGCAGGGGUGUGUGCGCCGGUGUUCCAACUCACCUUCAUGUCAACAUCAGGACCGUCAUCAGGGGGAGCGUGCAGGGUGUCCCUCAAAAAAUCAUUCUGGCAGUAGAGAUUAGUUUUAGAGAAACAACAUGGAGGAUUGAGUGUGACGUGGGCGGUCCGAACCCCUGUUUGGACCCAGAGGUGAUGCAGAAUUUUGCCGUCACCUCGUCUGUGACUUUUACCGAAUAUCCUCUUAGUUCCCAGCCCCCUAGAUCCAGGUUCAGUAUUAACUUCACAGAAUUUGAUUGCGACAGGAAUGAUGUGUGCUGGAAUGAGUUGGCUUUCCCUCUUACAAGAUACUACACUGGUGAGCCAUAUUCCCAGGCUCUGGCUAAAGGACUCAUUCUAGUCUUCUUCUUCAUAGCUGCGUCUGUUUUAGGAACGCCAUGGAGACAAAUCAGACAGGUACCAAUCACUCUGGAGUUAUACUGAACUCUUAUGAUGUGAAGUUUAAUCUCCUGGGGAUGGUCUUUGCCACACUAGGGGUCUUUGUGACAUCAAUGUAUCAAGUGGUAAGUCAUCUGGUAUUUACACAGUCAACCCAGGGACCCUCAAGCAUAUCUGAAAAAAAACAUUAAAGAUCGGGUAACACGCAAUUUCUGCCAAUCUCAUAUUAAUCUUGAGUACCUAUACAGUAGUAUUGCAUACUUCGUAUCUUCGAAGAGUAUUUAGUUUGAUCAAAUUUAUAAAAGAGAGAUACAGCUGUACGAUUAUUUCCGGAAAAGACGAGCUGCUGGAGGCGGGCAGGGGGGAUGGAACCACAGCACGAGCACACAAUACAUCAUCGCAUUAAUCCCUUUGUGUUUUUUACAUUAUGCACGUAUGCGCCAAUUGCCGACAAAACACAGACAUAUGACUUAGUUUCACUUACCACGUGGAGUUCAUGUCUUUUAGCACUGGGACCGCGCCAUCUAUCAGUUUCAGACAAUCUCCAAAUCCAGCGUUAUAUCCACCGUUUAUAUAACAUCCAUUACUGAAAUGCCGUAUACAAACAAACACACCUCAACUUCUCUCACUAUCACAAGAGCAACGAGCUGCAGCUGCAGGCCCACAGCGCAGCCAAUCUUGAUAAGCAGGUCUUCCUAUCGCUCGUCGGUUGUCGCGUGGGCGGUCUAUUUCUUUCGCCUUGCCGUGGGCGUGCUUUUCAGGGAGAAUGUUACAAAACGGAUCCAGACUUUGAAACAAGUUGGAGUGCUGGGGGAGUUUAUCAAGCACAGAAAUACUAUGUCAUACAAGUUGACCAUGUCAAGCAUGAGAAGCCAGCACGCUUAACAGUUAAAAGAAGUCAGAAUGCAUGAAAUUGCAUGUUACCCGAUCUCUAAUAUGCUACAUUUGGCAGUACACUAUGAAACUUUCAUUGGUAGAAUUUACAAUGAAAAAUAACAUAAGCCUGCAGUGCUUUCUCAAUGGUCAUUCCGUUGACUCACUGAAGUCCAUUUGAAAACUGGGAUGGUAUUCCAGAGAGCAGGCUUUGUGACACACCCGGGGUAAGUUAACUGAUAACCUCAACUUUCGGUUUCAAAAAUGGAUUUAACUUUCUGGGUAUGUAAGCAGUGUUGGGUACGUUACUCUUAAAAAGUAUUUAGUUACUUAUUACUAAUUAUUUUCUAUAUCCUACAUCAACCUUGAUUACUUAAGUGUUUUAAGUAUAGACAUGAAAGGCCUUAUUUAAUUCAUUCAAUCAAAUAAUAUUAAACUACAUAAAGUACUCUUAUUAACUGACCAAAGUAUUACAAAUGUGAGAAUUAUACAUUAAAGCAAGGAUUUUAAAGUUAGACUUUCAAUUUUGAUGUCAAUUCCACUAUUGCACACACAUAUUACACAAAGUAUUUAGUUUAAUUACAUCAGAAGUAACUAAUUAAAUUACAUAAAAAAUAAGAGUAAUCACUUACUUUACUUUUUCAAGGGAAAAGUAAUUAAAUUACAGUAACUAAUUACUUAGUAACUAGUUACACCCAACACUGUACUUAAGUAACCAUAGCAACUCACUCUCUGAAGAUAACCUGCUCCGGAGAAGGUUAUGUUCCAGGGUUAGUUCAUUUUAAGAAAACGUUGCUAAGGUUCAGGGGGUUUCUGCGCAUGUGAUAUUAUGAUUACAUUUUAAAACAGCAUAUUAUGCUAAUUUUAUGAUUGUAAUCUUUUAAAAUAAAAUAAUCUUUAAAUAAAAUAAUGUGAGCUGUUCUGAAUAAAUUUAAGGUUUUGUGUCUACUGUACAUACUUUUAAAUAGGUUUAUUAUUAAAACCGCUCCAAAUAUCAUUGGAUGCAUAAAUUGUAUGCUUAGAUUAGUGUACUGAAAAGCGUUACACAAGUUUUUCCCAAAAUUAUGACAACUUGUAGCAGUUUCUACAAUUAAAAGAGUCUGCAUUAAAAUGACUACAUCAGCUUCAAAUACUAGUCUACACAAAUCCAAAUAAAGGUCGAUUUUUUGAAGGAACGUAGAGAUAAGGAAUAAAAAGGGGUUCAAUACAACCUACACAAUUAGAAAUGUGAUCAAAUACAUAUACACAAUUCAAUUUUGAUCAAAUACACUGGUAAACACGUUACAACUUAAAAACAUAUCAACAUAUCUAAACUUUAUGUAUCAAGAAAAGAUAGCCAUGAUGAGUAAAUAUUUCAGUAAAAAUAGUACAUGUAUCUAAACUAUUUUAAUAUUUAAUUAAAUAUCUCAUUUAUAGCCUUAAAAUAAAUAUGAUAUUUAUGCUUUUCUCACACUUUAUACACCGAUGCAGAUUUAUGUUUUCUGUGAAAAAUAGCUGAUUUAUAACGUUAUAAUGUUCAUAGUCAAAAACGUUAAGCUUCCCAGCAGUUUCCACGGUGACUCGUGAAAUCUCUGAUCCAUUGACAAUAACGGCUGUGUCCGAAACAGCCCCCUAUACCCUAAUAUAGUGCGCUAUUUUGAAUUUUUGUUCUAAUUUCAUAAUUUUAAGUGUACUAUAUUAGUGAACUAAUGUAGUGAAUAGUGAAUGAGGGAGGGUAUAGUUUUCUGAGAAGGCCCCUAGUGAAAGUGAGAAGGCAAAAAUGGAGCAGUUCUUCCUGAAGGACAGCAUGGUGCGACAGAGCCAGGUACACCUUCAUCCAUCCACCUAUCCUAUAUGUUUCUCUGUAGAAGGGCCAUCUAUUAUUAUUCUAGAGUCAAAUGUGCAGAGGCUCUGUUCUUUAGUUUGAUAUAUUUUAUGUUCAUAUAUUCAUAGAAGAAAACAUUUUGGGAGCCGUAAAGUUUGAAAGAAGAACUGUAUUUCUCUCUCAUCGUGUGUGUUUGUAGACUCAGAGGUUGUGUAAGCACUGUGGUCAGGCCUGGCGUGCUGCAACUCUAGAAACUGUACCAUGACCCCAACAUCAGUGAAGGUCAACACACGCUCAUCUGAAUACACCAGUUAGAUUCAUACUGUUAUCCGACAGAACUUGAUUUAUUGCUUUUAAUAUCACUAUACACAUUGUGUUUCUUUGUUCAGGAGGCGGAGGGGAAUCCUCAUAGGAGUGUGUGGAAGAUGUUUUAGUUUUUACAUAAUCAAGGUUUUGUGGUUAAAGUGAUACUUCAGCCAUGAAUCAAAUUUCUACCGCUUGGAAGUAAAAGGAUGCGUGGUAUUAUAUCUCCGACUGCAUUAUUCUUCAAGAAGAAAGUCAUAUUCCCUUAGGAUGCCUUGAGGGUGAAUCAAACGUGGGGAAAUUUUGAUUCAUGGCUGAUGUGUCGCUUUAAGGCUCAUGAUCACUGAUGUCCAGUUCUGCAUGCGAACUUCCUUUUUGUCCUUCGGGUUUUCUCUUAAGAGGAGCUGCAGAAGUUUCUCCAGAAGAUGAGGGAAUCCUCACUGCUCCUGCUGGAUAAAAGGGCUAGAUCCACUUGGAUAUGAAAUACAGCCCUAGAGAGUGUAUGUUUUUUUCUUGGGAUUCUGUUGUCCACAAUCCCAUUUGGGGAAAAACCUGUAAUUUGUAAUUGAAUCAAAAAUGUGUGUUGUUUAGAAACAAUGUGUGGUUUGGUUAAUGCUACCAGGCGGCUGUUUAAGAUCUGUUUCUGUAAGUCGGUCUGUCAAGUUUUAAAGACAUCUUUUGUUUUUCUGAAUAUUCAUGUCAAAUAUGCUGGUAAGAUACUCUUUCGUUUAAAAGAUGGGUGGCCCUGCUUGUCAUCUUGCAACAGGACAAUUCAAGUGACUCAAAUCUGAAAUAAUUCUGUAUAAAAUGCAUAUACUUAAACUUUAUAUAUAAGUAUAAAAUAUCUGUAGGAUAAAGUAUCUUGUAUAAAAAUAUUAUUAGCACUAUUAGUACUAUGAGUAUGACUGCAAUUUAUUUAUACCAGGCCAUUACUCUUGACAAUACACAGUAACUGGUGUUUGU